AGCAUUAUUCUUCUUCCAAAAAAAAAACAAAGAACAAGUGGGCUUUACUUAGAUGUCUCUCUUGUUUGGGCUUUUGGCCCAGGUUUGUCUCGUCGUCGGCAGCGGAUGAAGAAGAAAGACUGACAGCUAAGACGCUAGUAAAAAAAGAUAUAUAAAAAACCGGAAAUUGUUUUUAUUAAAGAAUUUUGCUUUGCUGGUUGCGAAACCGAGUUGCAGCUCGCUCUGGAACAAACUACACGCCUCCUUCCUUCCUUCCUUCCUUCCUUCCUCCCUCUCCAUUGCUUCGGUUGAUUGCCUUCGUUUUCUCCCCUUUUGCUGUUCCCUUUCAGUUUCCCGAUUCCUUCCUCCCAUCUGGUCAUCUUCCCCUCCAUUAAAUUCUCCUUCCUUCUGUGCUUCUGUAGAUUUUCUCGGGAAAAUCUGCUCUCUGCUUGGUUCCCUCCAACUCCAAUUUCCCAAAGCCCGCCUUCUCUACUAACUUUGUAAAGCUCACAAGAGGAGGAAGAAGAGAUCCCGGAGUCUCAAGAAGAUGUCGUACGCUUAUCUCUUCAAGUACAUCAUCAUCGGCGACACCGGAGUUGGGAAAUCGUGUCUUCUUCUCCAGUUCACGGACAAGAGGUUCCAGCCGGUUCACGACCUCACCAUUGGCGUCGAGUUCGGGGCGAGGAUGAUCACUAUUGACAACAAGCCCAUCAAACUCCAGAUUUGGGACACGGCUGGUCAGGAAUCCUUCCGAUCGAUCACUAGGUCUUAUUACCGAGGAGCUGCUGGUGCUUUGCUUGUCUAUGAUAUUACCAGGAGGGAAACUUUUAAUCAUCUGGCGAGCUGGUUAGAGGAUGCCAGGCAGCAUGCAAAUGCCAACAUGACAAUUAUGCUCAUCGGGAACAAGUGUGAUCUUGCUCACAGAAGGGCCGUUAGCACCGAAGAGGGGGAGCAAUUUGCUAAGGAGCAUGGUCUCAUAUUCAUGGAGGCUUCUGCUAAAACAGCUCAGAACGUUGAGGAGGCUUUUAUAAAGACAGCUGCCACCAUAUACAAGAAGAUUCAAGAUGGGGUGUUUGAUGUGUCAAAUGAGUCUUAUGGCAUAAAAGUUGGAUAUGGUGGAAUUCCUGGACCAUCAGGGGGACGAGAUGGCUCGACUUCACAAACUGGCGGCUGUUGCAGUUAGAAAAAUUGGACCCCUCUCCAUCAGCUGUAAUCCAACAUGGCUUGAUUUAUACCCUCAUCUUUGGGGAAAAUUUGUCAAGAAAGUCUUUUCCUAUGUAGUGGUGAAACUGCUUCAAACAUUGUGUGAAGAUUUGGAAUAUAACAUACGUAUGUACAAUCCCUACCCUUCCUUUUUCUUGCUGGUUGAAUGUAAAUUCGUGUUGGAAUCGUUUAGUUUAUACCUUUAUAGGUUCCUUUCUUGUGUCAGCUCUCUAUGUGUGGCUUGGAAGAAUUCUUUUGUGAAUUGUUGUGGGAGUGGUUAUAGUAAUUUAGAUGAGUUGAGAUUGAAAUUUCCAAAGUAUUUUAUGAAUUAUAAUAGAAUGAUAUGAUUAUCCUCAUUAUUAAGUAAUUUUAUUUUAUGUAUAUUAUUUUGCGUUAAUACACAUAUUAUGCACGUCUAACUAUCAUCUUUUUGCCGAUAUGUUAACCUAAUAUGUAUAUUUUCUUCUAAUCUUGCAUUAUGGGCGAAUACAAAUUCCAUUAUGAUUCUAUGCGGCAACAUGCUAAUAUGAUCUAUGCGCAUCCUGUUUGAUCUAUGCGCAUCCUCUUACUACGAUUUUGUUUCAAGUUUCAUUUGGCUCUAGACUACGAUUCGAUAGAGAACGAUUUGGCGCAUCUUUCUUGGAUUUCCUGGUAUUAAAGUAAAGUUGUUAGGCUUGGUUUUCUUUGAGUUCAAGAUAUUCGGCAUAAGCCGUCUUUGCUUUUUCUCUUAUCGAUGUGACCCUUGUCUUUAGCUUGGCACCAGGGCGGCUUGCUUACCUACCUGAUGACUUUCUUAGCCACCUAACCGCUUCCUCUAUCUCUUCCUUUCCUGCAUCCUCUUACUUCACCGAAGAGUAACCACCAGAAGAUGGAGUCUUUAACUACCUCUAUGAACUGCCUACUCCUACAGCUUGCCUUUUUAAAGCAACUGCUUGGCCGGCUUCUCGUCUUCCGUCUUAUCCUUCCUCAUUCCCUUCCCCACUUCCCUUAGCCGAACUCCCUGCUCUUUUCCCGUUGUUCUUGCUCUUUCCGCUUACUUUCCAAGGUAGGUAGCAGCUUUGUAAGGUAGUUUUCCAUAUCCGUUAACAGCUCUAAGCCUAACCGCUUAUUCCGACUUUCCUUUUGCCGGCUAGUCUACUCCUUUACCCGCUUGCCCUUCCCUUUCCAUUCUAUCAGCGGGACACAGGGCUCUCCUCGGCUUUGAGCUCUUCCCCCGAUGCCUGAAUGCUCCUUUACCGAGCGGAGGACUCGCUUUCUUUUUGGUAGACUGAUCUAAAUAACUAAUCAAGAAAUUGCGUUUGUAAGAUCAAGCUCAGCUCGUGGAUCUUUGAUUCUUUUAGACAAGUCGUUGGUCUUUUCGAUUUUCCUUUGACCUAGUAUGAAUAGUAAAUGGGUAUAGUCCCGGUUGAUGCUGCUGACAUAGAUGUAGAUGGGGCGCUUUCAAAACCCCUUGAUUAAGAGGUUGAGGGGCCUCCGAUCCUCUUUCGUGUGCAACGGUUAAGAGUGGAAAACCGCUCCUCUAACUUGAGUGGCUUGACGCUCCUAUGACAGUCGUCCUAGUUGGAACUCGUACCCCCCCUCGCUAUCUAUCGUCAGUGAUUGUCCCAGGCGGGGAACUGCUUGUAUCAGACCUGAUUCUCGCGCAGCAAGAUCUUUUGUGAGUGCCCUUCCUUUGGGGCUUGAGGCUCAUCUCACGAUCUUCGUCUUGUCUGAUUCUUUUUGUCUUGGUUGGUACGCCCCCCUUGUGAAAGAAGUCCUCUAUCUGCACACUAACCUGGGAUACUUUCACCCAGUUUUUCCCUUGAUGCUUCUAAGCCGCUUUGAAUUGGCCUGUGCCCGUUGAUGAAUCAUCAAUCCAUUCAUAGUCACGUCAGCCGAGAAGACGGACUUGCUGGUAUCGUCAAAUAGAGUAUAGAAGACUUC